ACAGUCACACAGCAUCUAAGGAUUAACAGACAAGAAUCUUAUUGUACUGCAAAAUGUUCAAACUGACACUUUUCUUCGCCUUCCUAGCGAUCGCCCACGCCGGCAUCAUCGCCCCCGUGGUGCCAGCUCACCCUGUGGUAGCUCACCACGUGGUAGCCCCAGUCCACGCAGUGUCCCACAGCGCAGUGGUACAUCCCGCCCCAAUUGUCCAUGCGCCCGUGGUACACGCCGCCCCAAUCGUACCAGUAGUCAGGCAUUCCCCGUUGAUUGCCGUCCACCAUGGCUAAAGUAUCAAGAUUGGUUCGUCCAAAUUCAGUGAUGUGAUUUUGUGAAUUUGAUUAAAUUAUUUUUUUGAUA